AUGGAAAUUUGUGAAAAUUCGAAAGUCGUGAGCACUAAACAGCAAUUGGAAAAACUGGUAGCUUUAAUGGAAGAAAAUCCACAAUUUGCAAGAGGGAUUUGCACCAAAGUUCAGGCGGCAACAAAAUGGGAGGGAUUUGCUUUGGAGCUAAACUGUUUGGGUCCACCAACUAGACCAGCGGCAAAGUGGAUGAGGGUAUGGGCUGAUAUGAAGUCAAACACAAAGAAAAAACUGUCGCAAAACAAAGCGGAGUACAGAGCAACAGGCGGAGAGAGUAUUAUUGGCUUACUCGAGUUUGAUGCCUGCAUAAACCCGCCGGGAGCCGAAUUUGGUCUGGGUAUAAGUGGCGAUGUUGAACCACAACUUUCAACUCCACCAAAUCCCACCCCACAUCCUCAGGCUGAAAACUCUGAAGAAAGUGAAGUGGAAUUUCAUUCUAAGGCUCACAAGCUUCCAGCACGCAAAAAGCGGCCAAUUAAAAAAUACAACAAGGCAGAGAGGCUGAGGUUACUGGACUCCCAGACAAAUGCCCAGAAACAGUACUACGAAGAAAUGGUCUCCACUUUAGGGGAAAUACGAAAAUGUGCUGAAGAAAAAGUGGAAUACCAAAAGAAACAGUAUGAACUGAAUAAAAACGCAACAGAGGUAAUGCUACAGCUGAAAAGGGAAAAAUUUGCGGGUACAGAAGUCUUAAAAAGCCAGCAAGAUCGCGGAUCAAAACUGCAGUUAAAACUUGCAAUUUUAGAGCUAAAAAAAAAUCUUUAA